AUGUUCAGUGGUGCUGACACUUCAGCGCAGAUCAAAGCCGAGUUAAACGAAGUUCAUGGGAACUCUGCUCCUGCAUUGAAGACUAUUUAUUUUUGGAUAAACGAAUUUAAACGUGGCCGAACCUGCACUGAAGACGAAGCGCGUUCCGAACGACCUGUUGAGAUUACCACAUUGGAUAUCGUGGAAAAAAUCCAUAGUAUGAUUAUGGAAAAUCGUCGAAUGAAGGUGCGUAAGAUUGCUGAGGCUGUAGUCAUCUCCACGAAGAGAGUGCAUAACAUCUUGCACGAAAAAUUGCAUGUAAAAAAGCUGUGUGCACGAUGGGUGCCGCGAUUGCUUACUCUCGAUCAAAAACGCAUGCGAAAGGACAUUUCAAUGCAGUGUUUGGUGAUGUUUAAGCACAAUCCGCAGGACUCUUGGCGUCGAUUCGUGACUAUGAACGAAACUUGGAUCCAUUAUUACACUCCUGAGACGAAGCAGCAGUCAAAGCAGUGGAUAAUGUUUGGUGAAAGUGCGCCGAAAAAGGCGAAGACUGUUUUGUCGGUUGGAAAGAUGAUGGCCACUGUUUUUUGGGAUUCUCAAAGAAUUAUCCUAAUUGACUACUUGCAGAAAG